GUGUUUUGCAGCUCUGCUCAUGCGCUACUGAGGAGAUGCUGCUGAUCUGAGGCGUGCGCGUUGCGGCUGCUUUAUUUACACCCAUUCAACUCAUGCACCGCAUCACAGAAAAAGCCCUGUGUCAAGAUAUGGACUUUCUUAAGGGAUUAAUAUUGCUCUGCUGUGAUACAUCUCAAGCUCUGAAUUUGCACCGAAAAGCUGUUCUUCUGGACACUGUGAUAAGGAUUUAAACAGAAAAGGAUUUUUGUGACUUAUAAUCACAUUUUACUUGUGUGUCAGAAAUGCCCCCUUAUAUCAAUUGGUGCAUAAGGUGGGCUAUUUGCUUGUCCUUUGUUCUCGCACUGACCCCCAGGACAAGAACAUCGGCGCUGAAUUGUUGCAAAACGUGUAUAUGCGCCAGUAACUUUGUAAGUUGCUCCAAGGUGAACUUGACAACAGUGCCGUCUGACCUGCCCAGCUAUACGUCCGUGCUCGAUCUCAGCUUUAAUGAGAUAACCGGACUGCGAGAGAAAUGGACCAAGCAGAAACUCCCUAAUCUCCACAAUCUUUUGCUUAGCCACAACGGUUUGGAUUUUAUUUCCACCGAGGCUUUCGUCCACGUAAGACAACUGCGCUACCUGGAUCUGUCGUCCAACAACCUACGGCAGCUGGACGAGUACAUCUUUGAGCCACUGGGACAUUUGGAGGUCUUGCUGCUCUACAACAACCACAUCUCCCAGAUCGACCACACUGCCUUUACUGGUCUCAGCAACCUACAGAAGCUCUACCUGAGUCAGAACCUGGUGUCCCGCUUUCCUCUGGAACUGAUCAAAGACAAGAACCGACUGGAGAAGCUGAGUCUGUUGGAUUUGUCUUCCAAUCGGAUCAAAGUUCUCCCUAUUCAUGAUCUGCAGGCCUUGCCAGCCUGGAUCAAAAAUGGGAUGUACUUUCAUAACAACAGUCUCAUUUGUGACUGUGAGCUGUACAGUUUAAUGGCUCACUGGUAUAUCCGACGGCUCAAUUCGGCACUGGACUUUAAGGACGAUCACACCUGCGUGCAUUCUAACCCAGAAAAGCGAGUGCUCCGUGUGUACGAUCUAAGCAUUCAUUUGAACUGCAGCACCUUUAAAGAAAAAGAACAAGAGGCUUAUUUGGAGCAGUCAAUGAACCUCACCUGUGAUACUCGACAUCGAGAUGUGUCUAAAACCUGGAUGCUACCUGGCAACGUAGUGCUCCACCCUGGCAAUAACCACAGUGCCACGGUUCACAAGGAUGGAAGCCUUGAGCUAACAUCUGUAAGACCUGAGGACUCAGGUGUGUACACGUGCUUUGCUGUGAGCGAAUACCUUAAUGAAACGCUCUAUGUGGUAGUGAAGGUGCACAACUUCACCCUCAGUCCCAACAAUGAGACCCUUAACACAGCGUACACAACUUUGGUUGGCUGCUUGGCUAGCGUGGUCCUGGUCCUUAUCUAUCUCUACCUGACACCCUGCCGCUGUUUUUGCUGCCCCGAUCAAGGCAAAUUGAAGAACGCUCAUGAAGACAGCAUCCACUCCUCUAUGCUAAGUGUGACCCCGACACAUGAGGAUAUGGCAACCAAAGCAGAGCUCAACAGGCACGUGGCCUUCAUAGACCCCAAAGACCUGCAGGGACAGAAUGGAAAGGUGAAUCCAAACGGUGAGGAGGAAGUGGACGAGGAAGCCAUGCAGGGAAAAGGAAAAAGAAAGAAGUCUGUGGCAGACUCCAUUAGUUCAGUCUUUUCCGAUACUCCCAUUGUAGUCUGAUGGAAAGCUGUUCAUGUCCACGUUAGACAUAGCCAACUGUGAUGGAUGGGUAUUUUGGAUUGAUUGCUGUGAUAAAAAGAAAGAAGUACAAAGUUCUCGUGUUCGGCUGUAUCUGCAAAACUUUUCCAGCAUUUUAAUCUGUAGCACUUAAGUAUAUACUGUGAAAAGGUCCUGCCAUAUUUGUGGACUCUAAACUUGAAACGUUUAGAUGUUCCUGGGAGUUUGAGCCCAGUAGGUGUAACUAGAGGUAGUCUGAAAUAUAUACAAUGAAUGAUCAGAACUAGAAAGCUAGGUUUCUGAGACAUCAAUACAUUCAGUAUAUAAUCAUUUCAAAUCUUAAGCAUGAGCUUUGCAGACUGCUAGUGUUAAGAGGAAUGUAAGUAGAAUGAAAUCCAUUGUAGCUAAAAGAUCAUAUUUACCACAUCUAAUGCUAACUGACCAGCCUUAUCACUUUAUGUAAAGCCAUAUCCAGUUGGUCAUUACAGUGGGAGAGAAAUGCACUGCUGCAUUAUAGACUCGUAGGAUGUGGAGUCACAGGAAUUUGAUGAAGAAAAUGUCUACAAAGAGUUUGUCUAUUACUGUGGAAGAUUUAAGAAGAGUUGAACGAUAACCAACCUUUUGUGGACUUAUUCACUUUUCCAACCUUUCAAACUUGUAUUUAAUACUUUAUAUCAUUCAUUUAUGUAACAAAUAACACACUUGCCCAUAUAAUUACUGUUACAUUCAAGAAUUUUAGAAAAAAAUAAUUAUUUACAUAAUUCUUCAAAAAAUAAUAUUAUACAAUAUUAGUAAAAAAAAAAACAGUAUUUGUCUCAUGAAAAUACUGGAUUGGCUCGUUGAAUUCAGUCUUGGUCUAUCUCAAUUCAAAUAUUUAAAGGUAUAGUUCACCCCAAAAUACAAAUGAUUUCAUUAUUUAUUCACCCUCAAGUUGUUGCAGACCUGAAUAAAUUUCUUUGUUCUGUUGAACACAAAAGAAAAUAUUUGUAAUCAAGCCGGAAGCAGGACCACCGUUGACUUCCAUAGUAGGAAAAAUAAUACUACGCAAGUCAAUGGUGCAUUGCUUAAAAUGUCUUCCUUUUUCUUCAGCAUAACAAAUGAAUCAAAUUGACGGUGUAUAAAUGAUGACAGAAUUUUCAAUUUUAGGUGACCUUUUAUUUAAAUGUUGUAUAUCAAUCAUAAUUUCAUAAGACAGUCCCUCCAGAAAAACGCGAUAUGCCAUCGCAUGAUUCAACUCAUAAUCAGCCAAAGUCCGCAAAUCUAUGCGGGAGCCGCAUAAAUUGCAGAUUUUCGUGUGCAAAAUAUGCAGGGAUUGCAUGAUUUCAUAAUCCCAGCAUUUUCGUAGCAAAAAUCACAUAUAUCUUAACAGAAAGUUGAAAAAUUUAGCAUUUACUUUACACAAGCGCAGCCAUGUCCGCUGUUGCCAUGGGAACGUUAUGAAGUGACGUGAUUAUGUGACGUGUAAACAUCAUUGAAAAGUUGCAAAAGCUGAAUACUGCACAAGCUUGUUUUUGCAAGUUCCCACAAUUUCAUUGCAUAAAAAUCCCACAUAUUUCAUUGCAUUUUUAAAGAAAACAUGCCGCAAGAUCAAGGAUUUUUGCCCGCAAUAAUCACAAUAAAACUCUGCGUUUUUCUGGAAGGACUGAUAAGAACAUACAUGGGCUUCUAUCUCCAGAACAAAUUCUAUUUGUAAUUGUAUUGCAAAGGCCCCCCUUCGCAUGCAAAAAGUCAAUUUCAUCUGUCAUGACAACCAGCCAGUGACAUAUUACCAAAAUGCUAAUGAAAUCUUUUAUUAGAAUGAGGUGUCCAUCUGCCCGUGUUCUCUUCAUUAAAGCCGAGAUGAUUUCAGACUGGAUUUAAAAGCCAAAACAGUUUCAGACCUCAUUUCGGUUGCGUUCAUUUGCACUUGUUGUAAUCACUGCUGACUCAUCCAUUGUCAGAAUGGAUGUCAUUUUUUCUGGAAUCACUGGAGCGCCAAGAUGACAUGCCAAAGGCAGAGGGAAUUCAUUUAUUUAUUGAAAUAGGUUAUUUAAAUGCAUUUUCUGAAAGAAUAAAAAUACAAGGUUUAACUCGCGUCAAAAAAUGUGUCUACCACACAUGCUAUUUCAGCAAAUGUGGUGCUCAGUUGACUCCCUAAUUUUCUCACUUUCUAAAUUAUGUCAGGCCUUCAGUGUUCUCACAAAGACCAAAGUUAUAUUUGCAUUAACAAUAGCAUAGGAAUCUAAACGAGAAUGUUAUGAAUCAUGAUUUAACAAUGCGUAAAGCUUGCUGGCUGUGUUCAGUGAAGGCGUGUCAGCUGCUAGAUCCAUCCUGGCAAUGACAACGAGAGAUAGUGUAACACUGUUUCCGGUGUUGUCAUAUUUAAAAUGCGCACAGGAUGGUUUACAUAUAUAACUCAACCAGAUCUUCUCGUCCCUGUGGAGCUCUCAGAUGAAAUCCACGAAUGCAAUAUUAUACACCACAAGUAAACCAGGGUGUGGAAAAACAGUGAUGUCAUCUGAAAUCUGAGAACCUUAAGGAUUUUGAUACAUAUACACAUACAUAUAUACAGUCUAUUUUUUAUUUUUUUUGGACAUUUGCAUUAACCAUAACCAACAGGCUUUGAUUUGGUUUAGCGAGAACAAUCUUUUCUCUUUCUCUAGUUAAUUACAUCCUGUUUUCUGAAAAGAAAGAGAGAGAGUGGGUGAAGCUAUUAAAUGUUUGAUAGGUGGAUGAACUCACAAACAGUAUUAACUCAGGGAGUGGGAAUGACAGAUAAUAACAGCUAUGGCAGACUGCAGUUAUGGGCAGCAGUUACGAUCCCUUACAAGUCUCUCCAGCUGCGAUCCAAAAUUAGUGUGGAGGGGAGGGAAAGGCUUUCCCAUCACAAACCCUGUGGGAAGAGGGCCAAAGAUCUCGCAAAGAUCCUUCUGGCAAGAGACAGAACAGCCAGCAGCUUUCACCCCCAUUGCGUGUUCAUCAAAAAUGUGUGUUGUUGGCUAUUUUGCUAUGAACAGAGAUGUUGUGCAAGACCAACGCUCAUUACUCAGCAUUUGACAGUGCAUCUGUGCUUUUGUAUGUGGAAACCGUAUUUGUUUUUUUUCUGUGUUUAUGAGAUUGUGUCAUUUUGAGUAGCUUGUUUCCUUCAGGGUCCAAAGAGGCUGAAUUCCUUGUUGUUCUGUGUAUUGUCGUUUCUAUACAAUUGUCUAGAUUCCAGUUGUGGCUAUAAGAUAUUGGUAAACAUAUUUUAAUGACACUGACUGUAAAGUCUUUUUCUUUCAUGAAGUAUUUUGAAAUCUGAUCACUAUUUGUCAAUUAUAUGUUGGUAUUUUAGACAAAUGUUGAGAAGUCUGUAGUUUAUAAAGCCAUUACAGUCUGUAUCCACUGAAGGGAUAUUGAUUAUAACCUUUCAAAAUGUUGUCGUUAAAGAUGCACCGAUAUUAAAAAAAAAAAAAAACAUCUAUACGAUUAUUCAGACUGAUAUUGUAUGAUACCGAUAGUUUGGUGGUUAACUUGCAUUAACAAUAACAUCUGAAUGUUAUUCAUUUAUAUAAUGAGCAUUAAUAUUAAACAUUAAACUAGUGAUGUCUCUUUACAUUUUCUAUACAAGGAGCUCCAAUUCAUUGGAUUUUCCUGUUCUCUUUUGAUUGACAGGAUAUAUUGGUCACGACUAUCGGCUGAUAGUGUGAAAAUUAGUUUUAUCGACCGAUACCGCUUUUUGGCUGACUUAUCGGUGCAUCUCUAUCAAACUUGAAAACUGGGGAAUAUUAAAAAUAGGUGUUCAUCAUGUUUAAAGGUGAUGUGUGUAAUUCGUUUGAUGUAACAAUAUGUUCUCCUAACCAUUCGUAGGUUGAUUUAUCGAAAACUGUAAACUGUAUUGCUCUGUUUUUUGAGCAUCUUGACCAGCCUGACAUAGCAACAUUGGCUCAACCAAUUGAAUGAAUGUGGGGCGGGACUUUCUGUUUCACUGACCAAUAGGGAAAAUAACACAAUUCACCUCUAAAUUCACUUAGUUUUAUAUGACCUUCAAGGACUCAAAAGCACUUGAUUCUUGAAUAGUUUUGUGACUGUGAUAUUUUAGGAUUUGAGCAGGUAAAAUACAGAAUGAUUUAGUUUGGUUUCUAACACAUUAAUAAAGACAUAUCUAAAGCGGUGUGCUGAUAUCACAUAAACUGUUUAAACCUUAACCUGUUUGAGCUUGAAAGCCUAAAUUUCUUCAGUUUGUCCAGUGUUAGAACGAGAAAAUCUUAUUUAGUCAAUAUCAAAAACAGGACUAAUGUGUUUUGGAUGGCACAUAUUUCUGGACCUGAAUGAAAGUCUUCUCCCAAUGGAAGGUUCUUGUAGAAAAGUAUUAUUUAUGAAUAAUAUGACAAUAUCAAUAAAAAGUGUAAUAUAC